CAGCGUCAGUGAUUUCCGAUGACAGAGCAGCCGCCCCCAUACUCCGGGCCAGGCCCGAUGGCGCCCGGGGGCUACCCUCCCCAGGGCUACCCGGCCCAGGGCUUCCCUCCUCCCCAAGGGUACCCCAUGCCGCCUGGUGGCUACCCGCCUCCCAACCCGGCGUACCCCAACUACCCGGGCCCCGGGCCCUACCCGGACCCCAACCAGCCGGGGUUCCAGGGCUAUCCACAGCAGCCCUACCCUGGGGGGUGGCAAAACGCACCGCCGGGCGGGCCGAUGUAUGGGGAAGGUCCCAAAAACACAGUGUAUGUGGUGGACGACAGAAGACGCAAUGACUCAGACGACACGUGUCUGACUGCAUGCUGGACGGCUCUGUGCUGCUGUUGCCUAUGGGAUAUGCUGACAUAGACCUCCAGAAACAAGAUACCCCCCUUGACUGUACCACACCUUAUCUUGCACUGCACCCCACCCCACUCCACCCCACACCAUAGACAUAGACAUGUAUACACACAGAUCUGCCAACAGGGGGCGACAAAUGGGUCAGUUUUCCAGGCCAGGGGAGAGGGGAAGCCUAGAAUUUGGACCCCACAUUACAUUGUAUGCAAUGAUGAGAUUGGUGCCUUUUCACGUGGUGAUGUCCGGUCAAAGCUGUCAGCAGCCCUGUAUAUAUAACACAGAUACAUAGAAAAGUGGCUUAUAAGAGUCAUAUUCAUUCACUUGCAUUGAUUUCUGGAGGAAUCAUUAGUCCUUAUUCAAUAUGGCGGACGCACUGCGCGCUCACAGCGAUGGACCAACCCCCCUGUGUGGCAUUUUUGCAUACAUGUCUAUGGCUUUACCCAUAAUUCCCUUAUCCACUUGACCCCCCAAGCCCACUACUCCUGUGCUCCUGUGGUAGCUUCUCGUUCCUCGGGUGUCUGACGCCUUGUGGGUUGUAGUAACAAUCAACCUACCUACCUGCAUUCUGUCCAAAAAAUACACAUUUGCCUAGGAUUGUUUUUUGUUUUGCUGAUGUUGUCUGUUAACCGAAAUUCCUGAGGAAAAAUAAUGUUGUGCGUAUUAUAUGAAUGAAGUUAUUAUUUAAAGUAGCGUUUUAAGACAAUAUGUAGUGUCUCUGUCGUUUAAAGAGAUCUAUUUUUUCAUCUCAGGCAAAUCAUGUUGAAAAACAUGGAUUUAAACCUUUCGAUUUCUCCAUGUGCUCUGACUGAGCCUUAUAGGAUGUGGUGAUUACCGGACGACAGUAGGUAAAGCAUUGGGACUUGGGACUGGUGCUUGACCUGUGAGUGAAGUACAUGAAGCCAUAUGGUGUAGUUGUCCAAUUAUGUCAGCAUAGUGUCUUCUUGGGCUUGUAUGAAAUCCUCUGGCUAGAAAGUGGCUGCGUUCAAGAUAAAAUACAUCCUGGACUGGAAAACGUAAGUAAGUUUUGUGUCGUCCGCUGCCAGACUUUAUCAGUUCUGGUUCUCAUGUGAGAAUCAGGCUGUAUUUAUGUCUGCAGACUGGAUGUGUAGGCCAACCCUUUCACAUGACAGUCACACGUUAGUGUGUGGGUGCACAACUAAACAUGUUUCUAUCGAAGAGGACUUGCAGGAAUGAGAAUCUUUACAAAUAAAAGCAGUAACAUUUAUACACCAAAUGUUGCCACACCACUCAAUACAUGUUUAUUUGCGAUGUUGGUAUUGGGACGGGAUUGUCCAAAAAUGUAGCCGUUUUCAAGUCUAGAAUGUAUUGGUUUAAUCCAGCCACUUUCUACACACUCGGUUAUCAAACAAGCCCCCUGCCUUUCUGUUUGCUCUCAACCUCUGCCUUAUUUUUUUGUCGUCAGCCGUAAUAUUUGAAGGCGUUGAAAGUUCUCGCACCUUUCCAUUCCUGCUUGCACAAUCUCCGCCAGCUAUUGUCUGUAGAAAACAUUUUUAAACUUUCUAGAAGGACGCCCAAUUGACACUCCUUCCACCCCUUCCCCUGUUGAUAGUGAUGGGUAACAUAGGCAUACAUAAUAUUGUAUGAUGUCAAAUGAUCUGAUAAUUGUAUUAUAAUGUCCUCUUUGUCAGUCACUUUUGGAUAAAAGUGUCUACUAAAUGACCUGUAAUGUACGUAUAUUAUGUGUCUAUGAGUAACGGUGUCCUUAUAGACGUUUCUGUGAAUGCUGGACUAUUAAAAUCACCCUAACACCCCAAACUGCUAUGACCCUGCACAAUCCUCUCUUCUCGAAGCAUCUAUGUUAUGUCCCACCACAUGCAUAUGGAGGCCUAUAGCGCACUAGGGCAAGACCACUGUAGAGCAUUCCUCUCCUGCCUUGACAACCUUUCGCUUCAUUAGCCAAGCCCAUUAGGAACCAUAUGUUCUUUCAUGACCAUUAGAUGCUACGAUCUCUCCUGUGCAUUACCUAUAGGUGCUGCUGACUGGACUCACACAUCUGGCAAGCAGGCAUGAAAAAGUCCUUUGAAGAGCACUGUGUACAUUAUUUUUUUAAUGUUCCUGGCCAAAGCUCAUAACCUUGUAGAAAACCUGUAUGAUUGCCAUAACAAUCUGUUAGAUAUUGAGAGGCGUUAUGCAUACUGGAUGAAGGCAGCACUCGUGAGGAGAGAAUUAGUAAGGAAUAGCCUAAUACACAUGAUUCAGGGGUUACAUAUACAUACACAUUGUUUCUUAAAAAUGUUUUCGCUUACAAUCUUUAGGAGAUGCUGUAUACGGUUAUAAAUGACUGAUUUCAUCUUGAAUUUCUAUUUAAGAUUAUUUGCAUUUUGAUAAUUAGAGUACAUGGUUUAUUUUUGUCUUGUUCUUUAAUGACCAGCUGCAUUGUUAUGUUUUUAAAGCAAAGGAUGACACACUCAAUAUUGCCUUGGCUUACGAGAAAAUAAAUUAUUCAACAGAA